UUGUCUGCAAUCUUUGAGAUUAUAGAGUUCAAGUUGUCUGCAAUCUUUGAGAUUAUAGAGUUCAAGUUGUCUGCAAUCUUUGAGACUAUAGAGUUCAAGUUGUCUGCAAUCUUUGAGACUAUAGAGAUCAAGUUGUCUGCGAAUUUUGAGAUUAUAGAGAUCAAGUUGUCUGCAAAUUUUGAGAUUAUAGAGAUCAAGUGGUCUGCAAUCUUUGAGACUAUAGAGAUCAAGUUGUCUGCGAAUUUUGAGAUUAUAGAGAUCAAGUUGUCUGCAAUCUUUGAGAUUAUAGAGUUCAAGUUGUCUGCGAUCUUUGAGAUUAUAGAGAUCAAGUUGUCUGCAAUCUUUGAGACUAUAGAGAUCAAGUUGUUUGCGAAUUUUGAGAUUAUAGAGUUCAAGUUGUCUGCAAUCUUUGAGAUUAUAGAGAUCAAGUUGUCUGCAAUCUUUGAGAUUAUAGAGUUCAAAUUGUCUGCAAUCUUUGAGAUUAUAGAGUUCAAGUUGUCUGCAAUCUUUGAGACUAUAGAGUUCAAGUUGUCUGCGAUCUUUGAGAUUAUAGAGUUCAAGUUGUCUGCAAUC